AUGCCCCUCGCGCUCUACUGCCCCACGCACUUCUUGCAGAGUGACACGAACAAGAAGAAACUGCGGCUGACGAUGAUGCACUUGACGUGCGCUGUGUACAACCACGACGGUUCCUCCAUACUCGGCUCGUACAACGACGACGACAUAUACCUAUUCGAUUCCAAACUCGAUGUGUACGACAAGGAGCGGGCCGUCGAGUGCGACGGCUACCGGCGGCGGUACAGCGGCCACCGCAACAGCGCCACCUUCAAGGGCGUGGCGUUCUUCGGGCCGCGCAGCCAGUACGUGGUGUCCGGCUCGGACUGCGCGCACGUGUACGUGUGGCACGCGCGCAGCGAGGCGCUCGUGCAGUGGCUGCACGCGGACGCCAACGGCGUGGUGAACUGCAUUGAAACGCACCCAAGGUUCCCUGUGCUGGCCACGAGCGGCCUGGACAGAGAUGUCAAGAUCUGGAUGCCGAAGAGUCACAAGGAUCCCGACUACGAUGGCAUGGAGAAGAUUAUCCGCGAGAACAGCAUAACACAACGCAGCCCCUUAUUCAACGAUUUUUUACCUACACUAUAUAGCGCGUGGCGCAGCGAGAACAGACUGUUUUCGGACGAAGACCCGCCCGCGUUCGGGGGCAACAUCGACUUCGACGGGAACGCGUGCACCGCCUUC